UCACGUUUCACUAUCAGUAGGCAAGAGAUCUUGUGCAGCUGUUACAAAUGAAGAAGGAACUGGCAACAUUCUGGAACCUUUCUGUCACAGUGCUACGAGGAAAGUUUGAGCAUGCUUAUGACGACAAAUCAGACCCUGACCUUUAUGUGACCCUGCACCUCCCCACUGCCUCAGCUCGUACUCUGAGAACCAAGACGAUCAAUAACUGCAAGACACCUGUGUGGAACGAAACCUUCCGCUUCCGUGUCUGCAGCCUGGCCAAGAAUGUUUUGGAAAUAAAAUUGUUUGAUAGUGACAGAGAGCAGGAGGAGAAAUGUUCCUUUAUUAUACUUGACAUCAGCACCCUUAAACUGGGUCAGAAGGAGACCAAGGAGUUCAUCACUGAUGACAAGUUAAUGGACAAGCUGUGGCUGGAAUUUAAGAUGACAAAGAGUCCUGAAGCACCUGUUGAGUAUCUCUCUAAUGGAGUCCUACUGAAAGAACUGGUACCAUACCGGACCCUUUCUGUCACAGUGCUACGAGGAAAAUUCAUGCGAUAUUUUAACUUCUUUUCAGACCCUGACCUCUAUGUGACCCUGCACCUGCCCACUACCUCAGCUGAUACUCUGAGAACCAAGACGAUCAAGAACUGCAGGACACCUGAGUGGAACGAGACCUUCCACUUCCAUGUCUGCAGCCUGGCCAAGGAUGUUUUGGAGAUAAACUUACAUGAUCGUGACAAAGUGCUAAAUGAAAAACGUGGCAGCCUUCAGUUUGACAUCAGCACCCUUAAACUGGGUCAGAAGGAGACCAAGGAGUUUAUCACUAAUGACAUGGUAUGUUUUGUCUGGUGUGUGUAUGGUUCUGUGUGUAGCUUUAAGGAGGACAUAAAUGUGCGUCUGGAUUUUGACAUACCAGCAGAGGAAAAGGAGUUUCUGGUGAAGAGAAGGAAAGUAGUGUCUCGUGCACUGCAGAGAUUUUUAAAACUUAAAACUCCUCUGGAUCCCUCCAAGGUGCCGACGGUGGCCGUGGUGUGUUCAGGAGGCGGCUCCAGGGCCAUGACAGGCACAUAUGGCUCUCUGAAAGGACUGCAGAGCCUCGGCCUGCUCGAUGUCAUCACCUACAUCACCUCUGUGUCUGGCUCCACCUGGACCUCUUCUAGUCUCUACUCUGACCCAGAUUGGUCAAAGAAAGACCUGGAUAAAGCGAUUGCAUCUGCGCAGAAGGAGCUGUCUAAGGAUUUCCUCAGUUUCUUAUCUCCGGAACAACGUGCGUAUUAUGUCUCUGAGCUGCAAGAAAGAAAGAUAAAAGGUUUCCCAGUCUCAAUCAUCGAUCUCUGGGGUCUUGUUGUAGAACACCUCGUCUUUGGAAAGAAACUAACAGGUACACUGUCUGACCAAAAGAAGGCAGUCUCUGAGGGUCAAAAUCCGUUGCCAAUCUACACAGCAGUGACCAUGAAAGAGGGAACCAGUGGAGAACCAGUGCCUGAGUGGUGUGAGUUUACUCCAUUUGAGGUGGGGUUCUCCAAAUAUGGAGCUUUCGUUUCUGCAGAAAAUUUUGGGAGUGAGUUCUGCCUAGGUCAUAUGGUUAAGAAGCUGCCAGAAACACGCAUCCCCUUCCUCAUGGGUAUAUGGAGCAGUUUUUUCUCUGUUAAACUGAUGGACAUCUUCAAACUUUUGGGUGCAGAAAUACCUUCUGAAAUGUUGUCCUGCCUGGGGGACAAAGUUGACAUACUUGAGACAGAUAAUAUUUCUGAGACCUUGGAUACUGUGCGGAUCAGUCCAGAGCCUUCAGAGGAGAGAAGAUUAUGCAAUCUUCGCCCAUUUAUCAGCAGUGUAUAUAACUUCCUGAGAGAAUUCUCCCUCCACAACGAGUACAGAGAAAAACCAGAAUUUAACAACACUAAGGCGUCACACCCAGAUGCAUUUCCAACCAAGCUGACCCCUGCAGACUCGACUCUCGGCUUGGUGGAUUCUGGACUGGCCAUUAACAUAGGUUGUCCUCCUGUGCUACGCCCCCACAGGCGUGCUGAUGUUAUUCUGUGCCUCGAAAAUAGCUGGGAUAAGGAUCGUUUAACGACCCUGAAGCAAACCCAGCAAUACUGCAGUGACCACAAGUUACCAUUCCCAAACAUAGAUUUCACUAAGUACAAAUCUGAGCCAACCAGGGAAGUGUAUGUGUUUGAAGAUGAGGAUAAUCCUGAUGCUCCUAUCGUGAUCUGUUUUCCACUGGCCAACGUCUCCUUCAAAGAGUAUAGAGCACCAGGAAUACAGAGAAGAGGAGAGAAGGAGCGAAAUAAAGGAAAUAUUGAUGUGACAUCCGGCUCUUCCCCAUAUACUACCACAAAAUUGCUCUUAGCAUCAGAAGAUUUCCAGAACCUAGUGGACCUCACCUCCUACAACAUUCUGAACAACAAGGAAAUCAUCAGAAAUGCACUAAAAAAAGCUUUGAACAAAAAAGGAUUGGUUAACAAGCCCAUAGGUGAACGUACAAAUGACUGCAUACUAGCUUAA